AUGGCCCAUGUGCUGCAGAAAUGCGCCCAUGAGCUCGGCAUAUCGCUGAAUGCGACAGGCGUGUACUACACAAAAGGGAAGUUGCCGAGUCGCGCAAUGACGUCGAUCGAUGGGGCCCCCUUGGCAGCGAGCAUAGGCGGCAGCGUCGGCAAGGCUGGUAAAAGCAAUAGCGAUGGCACCGUGAAGGAGGGCCAAACCGCAACCAUGAAGGCUAACACUGACGGCGGCGACGUGCCCAGGGCAGCUGCGCGCACUCCCCUCCCCCUAACAUCUGCAGACAUGAACGCUGCCGUCCCUGAAGGGACUUCUUCCAACUCGAAGAAGGUGGGCCCUGUGGACUUCUUCUUCGACGUUUGUUUGCACGAAAUACCGAACCCGCCGCGAGACUUCGAUGUGACCCCGUCGGCACUCGUAGUGGAUGGGACGCACUCGAGCGCCAAUGGCGCCGUCAUCGCGGUGCGGGAUUUCGUCUCGCACAUCCCAUCCUUCUUCGUUCCGGUGACGGAAGUGGUGGCGAACAUGCCCGGCUACACAGCGGAGCACCUUGAGGUGUACCUGAAUGUCAAGCCGUUGGAGUUGGUGACCGUGGCCGGAGAGCGCUACGUGCGGCUGUAUGGCAGCUUCGGCGAUCUGUCACUGAGUGGGACCGAGGUGUCAGAGAAACUGUACGCACGCUACCGCCCCAAUGUGGCCCUUGUAGCGACCCUUGAAGCCGCCUUUGAAGGCAUCUACGACAAGUGGAUGCCGCUGCCGGAGCUGCUACGCCGUGUUGGACCGAAUGUGGCGGCGCAGCUGCCUUAUCAAGGCCCCGCUGCCAUCACAUACUUCGCCCAGAUGCAGCACCGCUUUGCAUUCGCAGUACGUGAUGUGCCGAUAAUGGGCGACAGUGCAGACGGGGUGCCGUCGUCGCCGAAGUUCACAACCGAGGCUGCGGUGCUGCUGCGGAAGCCCGGCUACUCCAACCUGGAUGCGGGGUCAACCCCAACCCCAAAGAGUUUCCAGGUACUGAUGGGCCUGGUGCCGGGUGACAAGCAAGUCGACAUUGACGUGGUCAGGGGUCAGCUCACCUCUGAGGUGCGCGCAGAACUCAACAGUUACUACAACGGACUGGAAGGAUUCUUCGCCGCUCACAAGCCAGUCUUCUUCGUUCCGCCAGAGAUACCGACAGUGGUGAUGCGGAUGCGUUAUCGACUGCGCACCCAACGCGCGAAGCUGCCGCUGGAGGAGCAGCUGCGCAUUGCCACGGAUGCCCGCGAUAAGCCACGCGUUCGAGCUCUGCGCCGCAAGAUUGCCUUCCGUGACGACCCGUCUCACCCGCUCCACGACCCAGAAAACCUGGCGAAAGAGGUGAGCAAGCACCUUCCCCACCACGGCUUCGUGAGCCUCAAGUCAUUUCUAAAGCGCAAUCUGCCGGAAGAGCUGUUGAUGUACAUGCCCAGGCGCAUUCGAAGCUUUUUUAACAACUAUCCGCAGUACUUCACCCAGUUCGAGUACCAGAGCCCCGGUACGUGGUGCCUCUGCCGACCCGAUCAACCCCUGCCGCGCGGAGUGAUUCGACAGAACUUUAGCGAUGGCGAUCUUCUCCGGCUCAUCGCCGAGUUUCUUCAGCAGCGCGGCGCUCGCGCGGCGUCCGUGGUCCACAUGAACCUCCCCUUCGGUGCCCAGGAAGUGAUUCGGCGCAGGUACGGUGGUGUGUACUUCUUCGUGAUUCGCUACCCCCAGUACUUCAACGUUGUGCUCAAGACGGACAGGCAAAACGUGAAGAGCAGUGCCGUGGUGCAUCUCAUCCAGGUGCCAACCCAAGAGCUGUCGGACGCCACCAUGGCGGCAAGUGCGACUUCCUGGAACAACCCGAACGCACCAAGCCAUGGCGGUGAUGACCAUGAAGGUGGCGACGGCUACGACGAUGAGGACCUUGACGGCUUGGAUUAA